AUCCAGUGCUCAUCGCGGGAAUAGUAAUCAUACCGAUAAUUAUCCCGGCCACUAGUGAGUCUCUUGGAUCAAAAUGUCUCUGUCCAAAAACUUCAUCCGCUCAAGCCGCACCGCCCAGCAAUCGCUAUGUCGAUGCAGCAUAUCCCGCCGACAGGUACAGCCGUCACAGGAACGCCACUUUAGCCGAUCUCGCGCUGUCGCCGCCCCAGUGACCGGAGCAAGUGAAGCCGAAGUCCAAGCAGCUCAGAAGUACUGCUCGAAUCUUCUUCUACAAUACGACCGUCCCUCCUAUACCCUGAGCACCUUCAUUCCCCGAAAUGCGCAAUCUUUCUACAUCGCUCUUCGAGCUCUUAAUGUCUCUCUUUCCCUAAUCCCCGACACCACCUCCUCCCACACCAUCGGGCUUAUGCGCCUCCAAUUCUGGCGCGAUGCAGUUGCCAAAACACUAUCCGGUUCACCCCCGAAAGAGCCAAUUGCUAUUCUCCUCGCCUCUGCCAUUUCAGACCUAGCCGAGCGAACACAAGGCCGGGCGCGCAUCAGCAAAGGCUGGCUGAACAGAAUGAUCAAUGCCCGCGAACAAACCCUUACCAACGACCCGUACCCUGAUAUCGCGGCACUCGAGUCCUACGCCGAAAGCACAUACUCGACAUUACUUUACCUGACACUCUCAGCACUCCCCAUGACCUCGGUAACGGCGGACCAUGUGGCAUCGCAUAUUGGAAAGGCAGCCGGUAUCACAGCUGUACUUCGUGGGUUGCCAUUGGUAGCAUUCCCGGGUGCAUCAACCCAACGUCCCGACCAGACUGGUACGACAAUGGCCGGGGGAGCCAAGCAGGGAGCCGUAAUGCUGCCAUUGGAUGUCAUGGCGCAGGCUGGAGUGAAAGAAGAAGAGGUAUUUCGCCUGGGCAGUGAGGCGCCAGGCUUGCGGGAUGCUGUAUUUACGGUGGCCACUCGCGCCAGCGACCACCUGAUUACCGUGCAGCAGAUGCUAAGCAAUAUUCGUGCUGGGCAAGAUGCAGGACAUGAUUUUGAGCACGGGCAUGAAGAGGAUCAUCAGUAUGAUCUCGGAUCCCAGAAUGAGACACCGCUUCAGGAGGUCAAUCGUGCCUUUGGAGUGUUUAUGCCGGCCGUUGGAAUGCGGCUGUGGCUGGAUAGGCUGGAGAGUUAUGAUUUUGAUAUCUUCCAGCCUGAACUUCUCCGGUCGGAUUGGAAGCUCCCUUGGAAGGCUUAUAUGGCUUUUACACGGAAGACAUUCUCUUAAUCCGUGAGCUUUUGACAUUUGGUUAGUGUAUGUGUAUGAUAUGAUAGAUGUAUAAUAGUAUCGUGCACCAGGCUAGGACCUGGCCGGCUUUACACAGUAUGGCAAGAAUCCUGCCAUACUUCGCCGUAACACAAGAUUCGUUCCAUGAAG